AAAUGUUUUUUAUUAUUCGUCACGAGAAAUAAUUAUAAAAUGUGUUAUCAAACCAAAGAAAGCCCACACAUUAUAUAAAGCCCAAAUUAAGACGAGUUUUUAAUUUAAUCAAUAGAUUACUCUCUCACUUAAACACCUCUCUGGAUUUUAUAUAUAAAUACGCUUACACUUCAUCUUCUUUAAUCCACAAAACUCUUUAUCUCUCACACACAUACACACUGUACUCUCUUCCCCUUAUUACAGAAAAAAUGGAACUGUCGACUCAGAUGAAUGUGUUCGAAGAGCUUCUUGUUCCGACAAAGCAAGAAACCACCGACAACUACAAUUACAAUAGCAACAUCAACAACCUGAGCUUUAAUGGCGGAUUUGAUCAUCAUCAGUUAUUCUCAAAUGGAUGGAACAUUGAUUACCUCUGUUUCAACAAUGAAGAAGAAGACGAAAAUACUCUUCUGUACUCAUCCUCUUUCAUGGACCUAAUCUCUCAACCUCCACCGUUGCUUCUUCACCAAACACCACCUUUACCACCACCCUCAUCUUCAUCUCCGCCGUUAAUCUCCUCCACGGCCUCAACAUUCGAUGACCCUUUUCUUGAGGCCCUACAAGAGAUUAUAGACUCUUCUUCCUCUUCACCACCAGUGAUGCUUCCAACCUCCCAAGAAGAGAGCUUCAUUAAUCACUCGUCGUAUCCAUCUCCACUGGUGGAGUCUGAUCAGAGCAAAAGCUUCAGUGUUAGAUACUGUGGAGGAGUAGUAGAGACAACAAACAAGAAGAAGAGCAAAAAGCUUGAAGGCCAACCUUCAAAGAAUCUCAUGGCGGAGAGACGUCGAAGAAAACGGCUUAACGAUCGUCUCUCUAUGCUCAGAUCCAUUGUUCCAAAUAUCAGUAAGAUGGACAGGACAUCGAUACUAGGAGAUGCCAUAGAUUACAUGAAGGAGCUUUUAGACAAAAUCAACAAGUUACAAGACGAGGAACAAGAACUUGGAGUCAGCAACAGUUCACAUCAUUCUAAGCUCUUCGGUGAUAUCAAGGAUCUUAAUACAAACGAACCGCUGGUCAGAAACUCACCAAAGUUUGAAGUGGACCGGAGAGACCAAGAUACUCGGGUUGAGAUAUGUUGCUCCCCCAAACCGGGAUUGCUUCUAUCAACUGUUAACACACUAGAGACUCUAGGCUUGGAAAUUGAACAAUGUGUUAUUAGCUGCUUUAGUGAUUUCUCUUUGCAUGCUUCUUGUUCCGAGGCAGCUCAGCAGAGAGAUUUCAUCAACUCCGAAGAUAUAAAGCAAGCAUUGUUUAGAAACGCAGGUUAUGGAGGAAAAUGCUUGUAAGGAGUUUUUAUGAUGAAAUUAAUGAACCAACAUACUAUUUA